AUGCAGUUCCUUGUGCCCUACAUCACAACAAUCAAGUCCAAUAUUCUUAACAAUGUAACUAUCACAUACAAAGAAGUCAAGUCCGAUAUCUGCGACGCAAAAGCCAAGUCUUAUUCCGGCUAUGUCAAUUUCCCCUCGAAUGUCAUCCGAGGUUCUGUACAGGAUUACCCCAUCCAUACGUUCUUCUGGUACUUCGAAGCCCAGAACGCCCCUGAAAAUGCACCGCUGGUCAUCUGGAUGAACGGCGGCCCUGGUGCCUCGUCUAUGUUCGGUCUGUUCACUGAGAAUGGGCCGUGCCAGAUCAACAAGCACUUUCAGCCCGUUCAGAACCCAAACUCGUGGAAUAAGGACUUCAACGUUCUGUACAUCGAUCAGCCCGUGCAGACGGGGUUUAGUUAUGAUAUUCCUACCAACGGAACCCUGGAUCUCAAAACGGGAGACAUUGGGCAUUAUCUUCGCAAUGAGGGGAAUACAAACGAUCCCACCCUCAUCCCCGGGACAUUUAGCAGCCAAAAGGUUGAGCAUACGGUUAGCACGACGGCCAAUGCCGCGCGCGACUUUUGGUAUUUCCUGCAGAUCUGGACACAGGAGUUCGACGUCUACACGAGAAAAAUCAAAAAUGACCGUAUCGCCAUCUGGACGGAAUCAUACGGUGGUCGAUAUGGGCCCAGCUUCUCGGCCUUUAUCCAGAAGCACAACAAGAUCGUCACGGAAGAAUCAUGGUGGAAGAAGAUUAAUCUAGAUACACUGGGUAUUGUCAAUGGCUGUAUCGAUUUACUCACGCAAGAGACCUCGCGGCCCGAGUAUGGAUAUGACCGGAACCGAUACGGAUACCACGGAAUGAGCCUGGCUGAUUAUCAAAAGGCCUUGGUGUCAUGGUCACAAAUGGAUGGAUGUCUGGACAAGAUCCUGAAGUGCCAGCAUCUGGCUGAUACGCUGGAUCCCGAUAUGAAUGGCGACAACAAGGAAGUCAAUGACGCGUGCAAAGUCGCGAGCGACUUCUGCCAGAAUGAGGUUGAGGGCCCGUACAUUUUCCAGAACAAGUGGGCGUUCUACGACAUCACGCACUGCUAUCUGGAUCCGUUCCCACCGAGCUAUUACGUAGAAUACCUCGCCUCGAGUACGGUGCAGCAAGCACUGGGUGUCCCCGUUAAUUACACCGAUAUCUCUAACAUAGUCGGUCUGGCGUUCAACAGCACAGGAGACUACGCCCGUCGCGACUCAAGGGGGUACCUGCAGGAUAUCGCGGGUCUCCUUGACGACGACCUCACCGUCGCCUUGGUCUUUGGUGAUCGCGACUUCGCCUGUAACUGGAUCGGAGGCGAGCGAGCCAGUCUCGCAGUCUCAUACAGCGCAUCCGCGAAAUUCAAGACCGCAGGAUACGUCGAUGUCACCGGGGACCAGUUCACAGCUCCCAAAGGACAAGUCCGCCAGCACGGUAAAUUCUCGUUCACGCGCGUCUACCAAUCCGGCCACAUGGUUCCUGCCUAUGAACCGGAAGCCGCGUACGAGAUCCUCCGUCGAGUCAUGGCAAAUAAAGAUGUCGCGACAGGAGAGAAACAUAUCACGAACGACUACUCCACAAACGGCACGUGGGAGUCGACCAAGACACUGACUCCAGAACAGGGUCCGUCGCCGACUUGUUUCUUUCGCGGGAUGCCAUCUACUUGCACAAAGGAGCAGAAAGAAGCUGUCCAAGAGGGGCGAGCUGAGAUCAAGGACGGGAUCAUUACGAGCCCGACCGCUCCGGCUGGAACGUGUCCAAGUUCUUUUCCCAUUUAUCCCUCGGAUAUUGAGCUGGACUCUGUGUUUGUGCAACAGGUUCUUGGUACAGGUGAAUUGUAA